UGCACGCCAACUUCGAGUUCGCAAUAUACGCAAUUCUCCAGUCGACGCGUAUACGCAAGCAGUAUUUGUGCGUGCAGAACCCAAUGUCCAUCCAGUUGCCCGUACUGUACUGUAUGUGCAGUGGCAGUAUUCCACGUAAUGGAUGCCCGCUUUGAUCCAAUGUCAAUGCGACGGGUUGGCUUGCUCAAGAGUCCAAGUAGGAUCCCCGAGCACAAUGGCGGUUAAGGUGAACCUUCACCUUGCACGCCGUCCUGACCUAGUCCGUAACUACCAGAUACCUCCCGACCUACUUCGUACGUUAUCAAGGUGUCCUGCAUUCGUACGCAGGUUAAUAACCCGCGAUUCGACGACGUGCUUCUCCGUGCCUCCGCAUCGACCGUGUUCGACAGCCACAGGUCCUUGCUCUAUAAAAGUAAGACCUGGUGCGAGGCGACAAGUGACGGCGGUCGGGCUUGUGUCACGUCGACCGGCUCGUUUCUCUGGUCUGGCCAACCUCAUUCCGGGCCCUGCUCCUUGGCCGCCGCGGGGAAGUUGCAGCGUAACUACAGCACCAAUAUCACCAGUGGCAGCGGAUUGGUGUGACCGUGACCUUGUGUCCGUCUGGGCGAGACUCGAACGAGUCCAAGAGCGCAGAGUCCAACAAGCCUGGAAGCACGGUGGUCUCGGGUAUUGGCUGCAACAGGUUGGCUGCCGCCCAGGCCGUGUCACCGUCACCGUCAAUCAUUUUGCCGGUACCGAAUUGGAGAAUUAUAGUGGCUGCUCCGCGCUUGCCGGGCCGCCGCCUGGCAGAUGGUUCGCCAUUUCUGCUCGCCUGCCGUUUCUGCUGUGCCAUGUCAAUUUGGGCGUGGCCCUCGAUAUUCGCUCGGGCAAGCGUGCUCUGGAAGAGUGUCGGGGCCUUCCAUUCCAGUGGAUUCUCGAGUCUGGAGGACACUCUACUCCGUGUGAUGCGCGCUACUAUAAAGGUAAGAAUACGGAUGACCCUCUGCAGAGUCCAAAGUUGCCAUCGGCCAGCGGUUCAGCUGGGGAGCUAGACUGGCCGCCCGUCGUUUGCCUCAACGUUGCGGAUAAUCGUCCCGGAGUGGCUCCAUACAGUAUCUCGGCACCGUUUGAUGUUGGCCGCCCGUGGUCAAAAACAACGACAGGGAGCCCUUUGGGGAGUGCUGUUUUCGUUGUUCGUUGUUCGCACCCCCGGGCUGGAGAUUACGCCCACCGCCGCGGGUCAACCCAUCAAGCACAUGCUGGGACGGCUAGAGACGAUGGCCAACCCACAUGCAAGAAGCAGAGCGCAUCACAUACGGGCUUGUUAUCCUAGCGCCCAGAGUGGACCGCCGAGUCCUUCACCUUCGCUCCGGUCGGGCCUUGGCCUCCCUGGUCCUCCAUUCCCUGAUCCCGGGCGUGUUGUUUUCCAGAAUGCCACCCCCUUCCCUGCAGCGUCACGUCCGCCCGCCCAGUGGCUUUCUCACGCCCCUGGUCUGGCGCGGCACGACCCCAGCGACCUUCCGCUUUGA